AUGCAGGUUGAGCACCAUGGAAAUCAUGCCGUUUGUGAUGGGCUUACUGUCAACUUACUAUUAUUGUGUAUUACCGUCCACCAGACUGCACCUAUGUAUCAAGCUGCGUUGCAUAAACGACACGGCCCGAAGAGGAAGCCCAGAAUGCCUCAAGGCUUCACCAACAAGAUCGCUGGUGCCGCCAACUUAGAUCACGUCCACGAAUCACCAUCAUGA